UAGUAGAGCUGCUGUGAAACACAGCACUUUAAAGGAGGAAAAAGACAGACGUACAAACGUUGAGCUAAAAUGUUGCCUGUCACGCGUCCUACCUGGUUUACCUGGUUUACUGAUUUUUCAAAACCUGCUACAAAAAGAAUGAACUGCAAGCCGAAAUGACUACUGAAGAAUACAUUCACAGCAGAUGAGCGUCAAGCCAUUCUCACAGCCUUGCCCCCUUUCAACAGACAAGAUCUAAACAGAGUUUUGGCAAGAAUUAGAUAGAUGGUAUCACUGGUUAAACCUCAUUUGGUGAUUGAACCAAAUGGAAUCAUUCACGUUGGCAUUGAAAAGCGAUUGCAAGUUAUUUUCAAAACACAGCGAACAUGUCAUUGAGGAACGAUGGCAUCUGUUAAACAACUGCUUUAUGAUACAAUGGAUGAGCUGGAAAAAGACAAAAUGAAGAGAUUUAAGGGCUUCUUAAAAGAAGAUGGACCUAUUCCAGCUUCUGUACUGGAGACGGCAGAUGCAACUGACACGGUGGAUCUGAUGCUGGAUCGUUUUGGACCAGAAAAAGCUGUGAAGAUCACACUGGAUAUCCUGAAAAAGAUGAAACAGAACAAUCUUGCUCAACAGUUAGCAAACAAACAGAAGGAAGCAGUCUCAGUUUCAUCAGAGGAUUGGAUGCUGCAGAAAUUUUUGGAAACUCACAAAACGAACAUGAAGAAACAAGCAGAGCGGAUUUUUGAGUGCAAGAAAGAAAAUGAAGUUAACCUCAAGGCUAUUUACACAGAACUUUUCAUCACAGAAGGAGAUAUGGAAGAUGUCUUUCAGGAACGUGAGAUUAUGAAGAUUGAUGAUGCUUUGCAGAAGAAACAAACACUGGACAAACCAAUCAAUUGCAACAAGUUAUUUACAUUAUUAAGGGAAAAUAAUGAGGAAAAGAUUGUGCUGACUAAAGGCAUUGCUGGUGUUGGAAAAACUGUCUCUGUAAACAAGUUCAUCCUGGACUGGGCAGAAGGAGAAGACAAUCAAUAUAUACACUGUGUGUUCCUGCUUCCAUUCAGAGAGAUUAACUUAAUGACAAAUGAAGAUUUCAGUCUCCAUGAGCUUCUGCUGGAAUUUUAUCCUGAACUGAAGGACUUGGAGAAAUCAAAGCUAUAUACAGAAUGUAAGCUAGCAUUUAUAUUUGAUGGACUUGAUGAGAGUCGACUGCCUCUAAAUUUUAAAAGUAGAUCACUGAACACUGUUGAGAAAAAAGCAUCUGUGGAUGUGCUCUUUACAAGUCUGGUCAAAGGGACUCUGCUUCCAUCAGCUCUUGUCUGGGUGACAUCACGACCAGCAGCAGCCAAUCAGAUCCCUCCUCAGUAUGUGGGGUUGUUCACAGAGGUGCGAGGAUUCACUGACCAACAGAAGGAGGAGUACUUCAGAAAGAGAUUCACAGAUGAGAGUCUGUCCUCCAGAAUCAUCUCACACAUUAAGACGUCUCGUACUCUCUACAUCAUGUGCCACAUUCCUGUGUUCUGCUGGAUCACAGCCACAGUACUUCAGGAUAUUCUCACUGAGAAGAAUGAAGAGAACAUCAGCACAACACUCACUGAAAUGUACAUUCACUUCCUGCUGAUACAGAUGAACAUGAAGAGCCAGAAAUAUGAUGGACAAGCAGAACGAGAACGUAUAAAGCUCUUACAUUCAAAUAAAGAAAUGAUUUUAAAACUAGCCAAGCUAGCAUUUGAACAGCUGAAGCAGGAACACAUUGUGUUCUAUGAGAAAAAUCUGAAAGAAUGUGACAUUGAUGUGAGUAAAGACACAGAGUUCACAGGAAUGAUCGCUGAGAUCUUUAAGAAGGAAGAUGGACUUCAUGAGACAAAGGUCUUCUACUUUGUGCAUCUGAGUGUUCAAGAGUUUCUUGCUGCCGUGCAUGUGUUCUUCUGCUACCUGAACAAGGACAUGCAGGAGCUUCAGUUUUUCUUUGAGUCAGAAGAAAACAUCACAUUGUAUAACCUACUGCAAAAGGCUAUUGAUAAAGUCAUGAAGAGUCAGAGAGGACAUCUGGAUCUGUUCCUCCGCUUUCUGAUGGGAAUAUCACUGAAAUCCAGUCAAAACCUGCUCAGAGGCCUGUUUGAAGAAAACACAGAAAGCUCCGGAGACACUGAAGACACCACAGAGAACAUCAGACAAACAACAGAAUACAUUAAACGCAUACAAAACAAGAAAAUUUCAGAUGAAGCUCUAGUGAACCUAUUCUACUGCUUACUUGAGCUCAAAGAUAAUUCAUUAUAUGAGGAGAUCCAGAGUUAUCUCAGUUCAGAAGGACAUCCAGAAAAAGAUCUCUCAUCUUCAAUGUGCACAGUGCUGACCUACAUACUGCUGACGUCAGAGAAGGUGCUGGAUGAGUUCAACCCAAAGAGGUUCACAUCAAAACAAGCAGACUACAAGAGACUCCUUCCAGCUGUGAGAUGCUGCAGAAAGGCUCUAUUUGAUGGCUGUGGUCUUGAUGAAAUAUGCUGUGAAACUCUGUCUUCUGCUCUACAAUCAUCAAACUCUCAUCUGACAGAACUGGACCUGAGUAGAAAUCACCUGCAGGAUUCGGGAGUAAAGCUGCUUUCUGAUGGACUGAAGAGUUCACACUGUCGACUUACCAUACUGAGGUUGUGUGGCUGUAAACUCACUUCUCAGUCCUGUGAAAGUUUGUCAUUAACUCUACCAUCAUCAGACUCUGUUCUAAGAGAAUUGGACCUGAGUUGCAAUGACCUGCAGGAUUCAGGAGUGAAGCUUCUUUCUGAAGGACUGAAAAGUUCAAAUUCUAAAAUGGAGAUAUUGAGAUUUUCUAUAUGUAAUUUCACGGCACAGUCUUGUGAGAGUUUGUCAUCAGUUUUACAAUCAUCAAACUCUUUCCUGAGAGAUCUGGACCUAAGUAACAAUGACCUGCAGGAUUCAGGAGUGAAGCUGCUUUCUAAAGGACUGAAGAGUCUAAACUCUAAGCUGGAGAUACUGAGGUUGUCUGGCUGUAUGGUGACAGAAGAAGGCUGUGGUUAUGUGGCAUUAGCUCUGACUUUAAACCCCUCACACCUGAAAGAGCUGGAUCUGAGCUACAAUCAUCCUGGAGAUUCAGGAGUGAAGCUGCUCUCUGAAAACCUGGAGGAUACAAACUGCUCACUGAAAAAACUUAAUGUUGAUCAUGGAGGAGAAUCCAGAAUUACAGCAGGACUCAAGAAAUAUGGUUGUUUUUUCACACUGGAUCCAAACACAGCACACACUCGUCUCAUUCUGUCUGAGAAGAACAGAAAGGUGACAUGGGUGGGAGAGUCUCAGUCGUAUCCUGAUCAUCCGGACAGAUUUGAUCAUUAUCCUCAGGUGUUGUGUGGAGAGAGUGUGUGUGGACGCUGUUACUGGGAGACUGAGUGGAGUGGACGUGUGUUUAUAUCGGUGGCAUAUAAGAACAUCAGCAGGAAGGGAGAGAGUAAAGAGUGUGUGUUGGGACGUAAUGAUCAGUCCUGGAGUUUGUUCUGCUCUCCUGAUGGUUACUCAUUAAGACACAAUAACACAGACAAUGAUCUCUCUGUGAAGCCCAUCAUCAUCAGCAGAAGAACAGGAGAGUCUGAUGAUAAUAUCUACAGAGUAGGAGUGUAUGUGGAUGAGAGCGCAGGAACUCUGUCCUUCUUCAGCAUCUCUGACAAAGUGACACAUAUCCACACAGUCCAGACCACAUUCACUCAGACACUCUGUCCUGGGUUUGGUGUUUAUUAUAAAUCAUUAGUGAAACUGUGUUGAUGAAUCAGAAGAGAUUGAAGUAAUUCUACCCAUAAUGCUUUGAGCUGCAUAAUGAAUCAGUAACAGUGAGAUGUUAUGAAUCUCUUCAAGACAUUAAUACUGCAGCUCAACAUCUAUAGAAAUAUAAAUCAUAAAUAAUUCUAUAUAUGUAAUCUGUAAUGCCACGCCAGCAGAGGGAGCCCUCGCCCAAGUACUGACUUGUCUCCACUCCCUCUGCACUCAUUUUCUGUUUGCCAGCAUAAAGCCAGAGCACCUGUUAUCAAGUAUUGCCAGUUUCAUUGCCUUACCAAGUGUUUCUCUCAUGAUUAUUUUGACUGCUAUCUUGUUUAUGACCUUGCCUGUUUACCCUGACCACUGUCUCUUUGGAUCACGCCUGCAUUCUGGCAACCUGUUUGGAUCCAGACCCAUUGCCUGCUUUACUGUCUUUGCUAUUUGGAAAUCCCUUGAACUUGUUUGCCUAUCUGACUGCCUGACUGUUAACGAACCUCUGCCUGUUGUAUUUGACUAUUCUCUUUUGGAUUGUCCCAAUAAACCUCCGCACAUGGAUUUGCAGCCGUCAUCAUUACAGAAUACUUCGCCUUACAUCACUCCAGCGGAGGUAUCUCAGAUGCAAGAGGUACUUGCAUACCAAGAGGAGUCACUCAAGGGAUAUACAAGCUGAAAGAAAUUUUUGACUGUAAAUAAAAUAUUACGUUUGAAUGUCAUAAUGCAUCCAAAUUGUCCAUUUCACCAUCAGUCAAUACUAGUAAGGUGUCCAUUGUGCCUGUAAAUGUUAUGCAAUUAUGCUUGCAGUACAUAUGAACAAAGAAAACAGGAUGCGAUAUGGCCUUCAAAGCAUAUAUUCGCAAGCUUUUCGACAGCAUUUCCUGACAAUAAACCUUUCAUUUGAACUGAAUAACAAAGCAGUUGAGAGUCCAGAUGACUGUCAUUCUUUUCAUUCUCACGCCUUGUCCUGGUAAAAGUGAAGAACGUUUAAUAGCUGCUGUUAAACAACACUUCAAAGGAUGAAAAAGACAGUCGUACAAACCCUGAGAUGAGUGUUUCACGUUUCUUCUGUUGUUUUCAUGUUUUUAUUUUUUUUUUUUGUGUGUGAUCAAUCAAGUGUGUCUAAAUGAAUCCCAGAAAGCCGUUACUGUUGUGAAAUCACUGUUUUACUGGGAUUUUAAUGUAAUACCUGCCAAAUAGUGAGCCAUUUUUAACUAUAAUAUAUUUAUUAAUACUUUUUUCAAUCAAAACCAGAUUCCUUAUUUAUUUCAUGAAUGUAACCUGUAACUUACCCGUGAUUCUCACCGGUUUCAGUUGUUCAGUUGGUCCUGGUUUAACAAGUUUUUUUUGUUUUAGCACUCAUAGUUUGUAUAUAGCAUUGUUUGCACAUUUAAACUUUUAUAAUAGAAUAAAAUGCGCAAUCACAUAGCCACAAUGUUCAUAGCAGCCUACACAUCAGAUAUUGUCAUAAGUUUAUAAGGCCAUAAAAUAAGAGAGCCUCCUUUUUUGAAUAAACAUUCAGACGUGGGGAACUAGUUUUUGGAUCUCCGGUGUGGAAACAGAUACGGCGCACAAUUAUUCACUAUUUUGGGAGUGCUUUAACGUACAGAUUUGUCGCAAUAAAAAACUGGUAUGCUUUCUUUGCCGGCCAUGCAAUGACGUUGGUUUCGAGACUUGAAUAUUCGAUUGUUUCAUCUUAUUUUUGCAAACUCAGCUCAGGCUAUGAGU